AUGGUUACCUAUGUGCGGCGCGACGGCCAGCGUCCAGCCAGCGUCUCGUUCCCCCCGCUGCCGUCGUCGUCGUCGUCGCCGUCGCCCGAGCAGUCGCAGAGACACAUAUCACAGCCCAGCAGCGCUGCCCAACUGCCCGCUACGUUCCACAGCUCGACGCUGACCGAGGGCAUCUUCGAGUCUGGCAUCUGGACGGCCGAGCCUGACCUGAACUCCGCGUUCGUGAGCGGGAAAUGGUUCUCAGAGGAGAAGAUAUACUAUCCGGGAAAAACAGUACCACCGUCGCCCGAGGAGAAAAUAGUAGUGACGGAAUACGAACUGAGGGACAACUGGAUUGCAAACGAGGGCUACCAUUCGAAUGCGUCGCCCAUGUAUGGGAACACUCAGAGCCUGCCGGGGAGCGGUCGAGCUGAGCAGUCGGCGGAGACCACAGGCCACAGCAGCCGCUCGUCGUCGACCUGGAGAUGGACGCUGGGGGGGAAAGCCUCGCCGUCAGAUAGCAUGAAGGGAGACGGCGGAUACUCGCCUGGAGGAGGCUUUGGGAGGUCGUCCAAGGCAUCGCCGGAGAGCUUUGCGGCGGCCGAGUCUCGCGGUUUCUUUCGAGACUCGAGGGCCGAGGGCAGCUCGUCCAGGAGGCAGCAGGGCCAGGAGGUGCUCGAGGUCCCUUCGUCCAAGGGGUCAAAGACGAGGCUGAAUCUGCUGAAUCCCAUGGCCCUCCUGGCUCGUCGACGGUCUGCGCAGCCGGUCAGCCCGCGGCCGGAAGAUAUCAGCAUCAGCAAGCUGACCGUCCCUGCUCUUCCGGACGACUACGACCCCAGGAUACAAAAGCGGCAUGAACGCCCGUACGAAAGACCGCCGUCCAUCCCGGCGAGCCAAAGCAAAUCACCGCCUUCUACCCUACGAUACAAACCUCCGUCAGUGCGAGACCCCUCGUUUACCCCCCUUGGCCUUCCAAGGCAUCUUACAAGCAGUGCAUCCCGGUUCAGCUUCGACCUGGCUGGCGGCGCAUCGUCCUCACAGGAGAGGCUCAUGGAAGAAAAGCACAAGGAGAAAGAAGCUGCAAAGAGAGCUCAGGGGAGUGAAAGGAGAAGUGAAUUCGAUGCUGACUCUGACGAAUUCGAUUAUGAUGCAAUGAUGGACGACGACGGGCUGGAAGAGAGGAUACCUGGCGUCAACGCUGACGCUGAAUCUAUCAUGGACGGCUCUGAUGACGGAAUACCAACUGGCCUGCAGCCAACUAUGCGGAAUAACAUGAAUACAUAUGUUCCCACUCUCCCCACCGUGAUACCUAGUCCUAUAAGUCCCCAUGGCGGAGAGUCACUUAAUCAACAGUCUCCAGUUGUAGCCCAGCAGUCACCCGGUAGCCUUUUACCCCCUUCGACGGGUAAUGGCACUCCUCUACCUUCUCAACUUGACGUACCCUCGAGACCAUCGGAUAUUCCCACGUAUAAUAAUAGUGACGGCCCUGUCCCCGUGGCACUGGUGAAUCCAGGUCUACCGGUCUCUAUGCGAACUAACCAGCAUAUCUCCAAGUCAAGGAAUGACGAUGAUGACAUGUAUUACGACGAUGGCCUAUUUGGCGAGCUUCCAGCCGAGAUGCAAGAUUCUACAUUUGAUGAAUCCAUAUUUGACGAUGAGACAAGCUACUUAUAUGACAGGAAGAGGCUUGCGGCGCAACCGCCCAAGUCAUUGUUCGAGGAUAUCACUCCUAACUGUGGUUUACAGACUCAAAUAGCAAAGGACAACGGCCAGCCCCGGGAUGACUUUAUUGCUGACGAACCUCUAAGCCAUGGCCAUCCACGACCGGAGGAUGCCAGUAGGACGAUACAGACUCAGGCAUCAGAGAAACCCCAGUCUCAGGGAUUGACCGAGGGAAACCUGGAAGCAUACCACAGUGCCCUAGCCCAGGCUGCUAAUGAUGCGGCUCGGAAAGGAAGAUUUGAACGGAACGCAAGUCUAAGUGAAACCUCUCUGCCGGAGGGAGAGUCUCAAACUGAUCCAUGCUUGACAGCAGACGAGAGCAGAAUGAGCCAGACAGUUGACACAGUUGGCAUGGAAGAGUCAUUUGACGACUUUGAAUACUACGACGGAGAUGCACUAGACGAUGACCCGAUCAUCGCCGAGGCCAAUGCAGAUGUUUUAGAGAAUGACGAUGAAGGAUUCUACGGCCAGGAGUUCGGAUUCUAUGCCCACUCGACCGAGAACGACAACACAGAGCGUGUCUACGGUGGCUACUUUGGCGUUAGAGGAGCAGAAGGCGUAAUUCGAAAUCACAGCGGGCGAAAGAACUUUAGAGAACCAAGUCUCACUCCCAUCACCGAGCGGAGUGAAUGGAGCACACGCAAUUCAAUCGUCUCCGUCGCUACUCAUGUGGGCCAUUCAAGUCAGGUCUCCAAUCCCCCUCUUGCUCAGCUUGUCGGUAUGGAAGGCUUGGAGGACGAUAUAUCACUCAGUGCUUUGAUGAAACUCCGCCGCGGAGCCUGGGGUGGAAGCAAUGGAAGUCUACGCAGCAGUGCCGCCAGCCAGGGCACAACGUCUCCUUCUGUCACUCACCAAUCGAACCUUAACCAUGGAAACUUGAACUAUUACGAUACAGGCUCCCCAAUCCAAGUGAACAGUCUAUUCAAUAACGGCUCUGAGCUGAAUAGCCCUAUCCAGCAUGAAAGAGAAUGCAUUCCCACCGACACAAGGUUCAGGGGUGACCUAGCGUCUAUCAGGAGACAUUCUGACGGUAUUCACUCUCCACCUUCCUGGGAUUCCACCAAUAGGAACUCCCUGAGGUUUACUGAAGACGACAAGUCGCAAGUUACGACGAGCAACGGAGCAGGCGAGCGCAUCAGCUACGUUAGAAGCACAGACGAGUCCGGCUCGCAGUAUUGGGUUCUCGAACGGCGGCGGACAGGCGACGGCGGAGAGUCUGAGCUACUUGAAAGGGAGACAAUGAGGCAUGGCCGAAUAUAA